UGACCUACAAAGAUGUAAUAGUUGAAGUCAGAGAAUAUAAAGCAAGUUGUAAAGUUGUCAAAAUUAAACCAAACAAAGCAAGCAUUAUAAUAAAGGUACAUUGAAAGAUCUACUCUUCAUAUUAACUCAAUAUCUUGGAUCAUUGACAUCCCGUCACCAAAAGAAAUCAUGACACUAUAUUCAAACAUUUGAAAUGAAGAAGACUGAUUUUCUUUCUUUCUUUCAGAACAUACAUAUUAUUUUAGUUAAUUAAAUAUUUAUGUUUGGCUUCCCUAAGCCCUGCACAUACCUAGGAGUCGGGACCCAUAUUUUAUUAAGCCAGGUGUUGGAACCCUAGCUCUGGUUUGAGGUUUGAAUUCUAUAAAAUUCACAUUGUGUUUUCAUUUUUCUUCUCUUUUGGUUGCUGAGCAACAAACAUACAUAAGUAGGAAAGAAAAAGAACUCAUAAAUGGUGACUAUUAAAUUUGCAAGCUUAGUACCAUGCCUUCUCUUUGUUUUGCAUGCCCUCUGGAACUCCUCUGCACAUGCUCAUCAAGGUAGGCAGUCUAAUUUUUUCUCCAAUAACCUUUUUUUUUUUUUUGUGCGUGUGUACAUGAAACAAGCAGACUAUGACAGGUUCAGGGCUAACGGUGACUACUAAAAAUUUUGCAUCUGCUCAAAAGGAAUUUUUGGACAGAAUUCAUGCUGCUGCUGUUGCUAGGAAAAUAGGGAUUGGAGGAAGGAAAAUGGCAGUAGAUAAAGAGAAUUCAAAGAUAUCAGGUGCAACCCAUUCUUCCAGAAAAUGUUAUGAUCUUGAAAGGAAGGAAGAUUUGGAUGUGAAAUGUAUAGUCGGUGACAAAAGUAAUAUUCUCAAGAAGUUCAAAUUGGCUGGUUUUGUAGCUUCAAGUGCAGAUUACCAUUUGCCAAGACACCACCCUCCUAAGAAUAACUAAUUGAGAAAAAAAAAAAUGAAAAGAAAAGAAAAGCAAUUGCUAUGCUUGGAAGAUCCCCUUUUGUUAUUAGAAAUGUUCUAAUUAGAGCAUAGUAUAUGGGAAAUAUCAAACUUGUAUAUAUGUAAUGCAAGUUUCUCAAUUUCUAGAGGAAUUGACUCACUAUAAUGCUAAAGGUGCUCUGUUUUAUUAGUAAAUUAUGUUUUAAUUCCAUUCUUCAGUUUCAUUUCUAAACCUAGUAGUGUGCUACUUGGUAACAUAUAUAUAUAUAUAUACCGACUCAAUCAAGAUGUUUAUUUUCGGACAAGGUCCAUUCACUAGCUUAUGAUUCCAAUUUUUUUAUUUGGCUAAUUGGAUGCAGGAAAGGAUACAGAAGCUUCAAAUACAUCACUUAAAAGACCUCAAUAUCACUCGAUUGAUCAGGUCUCUCUCCCUCUCUCUCACUAUCUGUCUCUUGAUCUUACACACGCACUUGCACUGGUUUACAUAGGUCUGCAACUCAAUUUAUUUUUUG